CAACCACUUUAUUUAAUUCUCGCUAACCGAAUUAUCUUGUUAGGGAGAGAUGAUUUUACCUACAACAGAAGUAGUUUCCCACCUGACAGCAGAUAUAAAAUCAGAUCACCUCAUCUCCCCACCAACCACCACACCUCCAGACCCCAUAGACCGUCUCCAUGGCAACUACACAAAUCUAUCAGAACGGUUCAAGUUGAGAAACAAGUGUUUUAAAAGACAAUAUGCACCCCUCUAUGCAGCCAGAUUAGCUGUCAUGAGACCAAUGUUGGAGGCGGUUGCCAGGAAUAAAUGGUUUGAUGUGCCUCAAGUUCAGUUGAAUGAUCUGCAGCAAAAUAAGACUUGUGUUAUUAUUGGGACCAUUUUCAAGCAGAUGCAGUUAAAGCCCAAUAUUCUGCGUGAACUCAGUGAAAACGUUAACCUUCCCCCCAAACCUGAACGUAAGAGAUACACCCACCAAACAGACUUAGUUUUCCUUGAGGAUGAGACCCAGAGAAUAACCCUGAUAGGGAACCACGAGACACAUGAUGCCAUUACCGGGACUGUGAUCUGUGCUAAAGGGAAGGAGACAGCAGGAGGCAAGUUUGAGGUUGAGGAAUGGUCAUAUUGUGGGUUACCAGCUCAGCUGAACUCAGAACUUAGUGAACCUGUAUCAGAUGAUAGGUAUGUAGCGAUUAUCAGUGGAAUCUCCCUCGGAGACCCCCAAUACGAUCCAAUGCCACUCCAAUUAUUCGUAGACCUCGUCACAGGCCAACUAGGCUCCCUCAAAGACCAAACAUUCUACUCUAAAGUAGUGAGGUUGAUAGUGGCGGGAGACUCACUCAGUAAACACACCAGAGAUUCCACCUCAGCUAAACAAGCCAAGUACCUCACCACCAAGACCAAAGCAGCCAGUAUCUCCGCCGCACAAGAACUAGACGAUGUUCUGACACAGCUUGUGAGCUGUAUUUUUGUGGAUUUGAUGCCAGGCCAGUUUGAUCCCGCCUCCUUUUCCUUACCGCAACAACCUCUACAUCGCUGUAUUUUCCCUCAGGCAGCCCAAUACACCUCAUUCCAAAGUGUAACCAACCCCUACGAAGCUGACAUCGACGGAAUCUCCUUCCUCGGCACCUCCGGACAGAACAUCCAGAACAUCCAACAAUACACAAAACUCCGAGACUCAGUAAAGAUAGCUGAAACUACCCUGAAGUGUCGUCACAUUGCCCCAACAUGUCCGGACACGCUAGGAUGCUACCCGUACGACGAGGAGGAUCCCUUUAUCCUGAGAGAUUGUCCUCAUGUUUACUUUGUGGGGAACCAGAGGAAGUUUGAUGCGAAGAUGAGCGAAGGAGAUCAGGGUCAGAAGACUCUGGUUGUCAGCGUCCCUAAAUUCUUCGACUCUAAUCAGGUAGUCCUGGUAAACCUAAAGGACCUGUCCUGUUUCCCCGUGUCAGUAGCGACCCUGAUAGGGGAGGAAUGUGUCAGUAUGGAGAAGGGAGGAGGAGCUGAGAGUGAGGAGGAGAUGGAGGAGGAUGAGCUGCUCCCAGAUGUCAACAUACUGCCUGAUGACGAGGGUGAUGAUAUGGAGUAGGGGAAAUUAUAGGUGAUAUUGUCAUUUUGGGAGUUGUGGAACUGUUGGAGCACUGAAGUUAUAUCCCACUCUAUCCAUUUGGUGCUAAACCUGGG